CCGGGACUCAUCCCGGCAGCCCCGUGGACACGAAUUCCUGCCACUCCUCCUCGCGCAUCACCCUCGCUCCCAGUCGGAACUACGAGCCCACGAGUUCUUUGCAGGCUCCCCACCCACCCACACCCCACCGCUGCAAUGCUGCCUACAGGUUCCACCAAGUUCCAGGCCCCGUCUGCGAUGAAGCCAUUGACGACAGGUCGAGGCGUCUUGCCGGGCGCGCUGUCACCGGGGCGAUCCCGCGUCUUCGCCGCCGCCGCCGCUGCAGGCGGACAGAAGCUCACACACCCGGGCAAAGCGAUCCUGGCCGGUGGGAUUGCCGGAGGAAUUGAAAUCUGCAUCACAUUUCCGACCGAAUACGUGAAAACGCAGCUGCAGCUCGACGAAAAAGCAAACCCACCGCGCUACAAAGGCAUUGGCGAUUGUGUUUCUCAGACAGUGCGGGAUCAUGGGAUUAAAGGCCUCUACCGUGGCCUCAGCUCGCUGGUCUAUGGCUCCAUACCCAAGUCUGCGGUCAGGUUUGGAAUGUUUGAGUUCCUUAGCAAUCACAUGCGGGAUGACCAGGGCAAGCUGAACAGCACACGUGGUCUCCUGUGUGGGCUGGGAGCUGGCGUGGCCGAGGCUGUACUGGUUGUGUGCCCUAUGGAGACCAUCAAGGUGAAGUUCAUUCAUGAUCAGUGCUCUAGUAAUCCCCAAUACCGUGGCUUUUUCCAUGGCGUGCGAGAGAUCGUGCGGAAACAGGGAAUAAAAGGAACGUACCAAGGUCUCACUGCCACCGUGCUCAAGCAAGGCUCAAACCAGGCCAUCCGAUUUUACGUCAUGACGUCACUCAGGAACUGGUAUAAAGGCGACAACCCCAACAAGGAGAUCAACCCCAUUGUUACCGGCGCAUUUGGUGCCACUGCCGGGGCCGCCAGCGUCUUCGGCAACACGCCACUCGAUGUCAUCAAGACUCGCAUGCAGGGACUGCAAGCUCACAAAUACAGAAGCACGUACGACUGUGCUUACCAGAUCUUCAAGUACGAAGGUCCCAGGGCGUUUUUCAAAGGCACGGUGCCGCGUUUGGGCCGCGUCUGUCUCGAUGUCGCGAUCGUCUUCAUCAUCUACGAGGAGGUGGUGAAAGCUCUCAACAAGGUGUGGAAGACCGAUUAGGAAGCCUUUCAAGGUCCGCUUCGGGGACGAGCCUUCUUGAGGACCACGUGGCGAUUCCUGUCGGGGACAUUUGAAACGUAUUACGAGUUGUGUAAAUGUCCGUAUGUUUACACAAGAUAGGAUACAUGACUUAUCCGAGUGGCUUCUAUGUCGUCAACUGCCAGACAUGGGUACAGCUGUUUAUUUCACUUUGAUUCGACUUGCACUUUCAAGACACACCAUGCUAUUGUUAUCCCCCACUCUUUGGGUUUGUAUAAUUCUAUUGGACCCAUGGGAAGAAAAAUAAUUAGCUGUGCAUUUGGAAAGAAAACUGAAGAAUAUUAUGAAUGCGUAGGUCUGGAAGGACAAGUUGAAGUGUCAUCAAAGUGAUAUUGUACUAAGAGCCCUCUCCUGGCCUUUUUGAGUAACAAUAUUUAAAGAGUGAAUUGCACUUGUGAUGUGCAUUUGCCAAGCUUCAUAACAUACCGUGAUGUAAUUUUUACUGGACAUAUUGUACCAAUGAUAUUUUUGUUGACACUUGAAACAAAAAAACAUGUCAUUUUUUUUUUGAACUAAACAAAAUAAGAUUGUUUACCAAUUAGGUUUUUACAUCGUUUUGAAUAUUACGUUUUUUUGUGUUUGGAUGAGUAACUGAUAACGUGUCUUGUUUUAAACAUGUUUGUUUCAAUAUGACCUUUGAAUUAAGGGCAGACAACGCAAUGUUAAUUUAAGAACAGAUAAAUAUGCAAUUAAUACGUUCAGAAGGAACCGCAAUUGCAUACAUAUCUGCAAUCAAUAUGGUCUUCAAACAAUUUAACAUCAACUUUUUUUUUUUACAUUUCAUAUCUGGGUUAGUCAUGCCAUUUCAUUAUACAUCAAGACAAUUGCCUCCCCUUUGCUGUCAAGCAUGUGGAAUUUCUUUGACAAGGGAUGAUGGUGUCCUUAAAGAAAACCACAACAUGUUAUUGUGCAGAAAGACGGCUUUUGUUGAGAGUAGGCAGAUUAAGUGGAAGAAAAAAAAGUGAUUUAUCAACUUCAUUUGUGCAGCCAUUUGCGGGGAGAUGAUGCAAUGAAUAGAUAAAUAAAAGGUCCAAUGAAGCUAACGUGGGUAAUCUUACAAAACAAAGCCGGUGAUUAUCAACUUUUUCCAGGACACCCCUCAGAUAUAGGGAGGAAAUAGUACCCUUGACGUCAUAGCCAUAUUACAAUGAAGGACAUUAUUUCGACAUUAAUCGGUAUGUUAACAUAAUAUCGGCUUUUUUUGGGGUUAAUUUGCGUAAAUAUAUAAAUGUGUCGUUAAACCCGCAACCACCCGAUACAGCCAAUUCGUAAGGUUUGUCACGUAAACAGAACGUGCCCAAUUCGUUAUUAGUACAGCACACCGGUGUGUUGGAGGGCAAAUCUACAGCAUUUACAAUCUGGGUACGAUAUUUCACCAGUAAUUACAAUAAGCUUCAUCAGGCGACAGCCAGAUUUGUGGAGAAAUCCUCCUGUUUCGUUCCUUAAAUAGAGGGAUAGAUGUGAUGACUUCGGGUGGUGGCGGGUUUAACGACACAUUUAUAUUUACGCAAUCUAACCUAAAAAAACUAAAUUAUAAAUUAUAUUGGUUGCGAAAGCCUACAUGAUAUGUUAACAGUACCGUAUUUUGAUGUUGGGGUUAAAAUUGAAAGCAUUAACUUUAAAUAAUACAGUUCUGUAUUCAAAGUCCUAAGUUGGAAGAUAAUCUGAUGUUCAAAAUCGUUAAGUAAAGAAAAAAACAUUGCUUACCCGUUCACAUGUCGUGAAACUCCAAAGUGCACCUGCAUUUAAAUGUAGAAAAAAAAUGACCGGGUCAUCUUUUUAAAUGUGUUAAGUCACCAAAAGUGAUCUCAGAUAGUUUGAAUAUGCUAUGUGUCUAAGCUAUGGGUAAAACUGAUCAAUAAUGAUAAUACUAAUAAUGCUUAAUGAGCAUUCAGAGGGCUCAUGCAAUGAGCAUGGUUGUAGGCUGGCUGCCAUCAGAAAAGCCAUCGUGUGCUGUAUAAUGAAACUGGGUGUUUUUAAAUGAAUUACUCCAUCAUUGCGUAGUACUGGUGCCAUGUUUGUGCUUGUAAUGGGGGUGCCUUAAUUGUUAGUGAAGAAACAUUUUACUACAUUGCCAGAUUGUUUGCCGAUUAUUGUACUGGUUUGCUGUUUAUUGUACCGGAUAUUGCUCGGACUAAACUGUUUACACUUCACCAAAGUCGCAAAUGGGGUAGUGGUUGUUGUGUGCAGUAUUUUACGUGUCGCAAAGAGUAUUGCAUAUACGUUGGGCUCGCCAGUAGUUUUAUUUAUGAAACUCAACAAACUUUGAUUUUAAGAAUCGAAAGAAUAAAUCUGAUUACUGCA